GAACCUCUCGCAGAGCGCGUCGCACGUCCGAGUACCGGCCGCCGCCCGUCAUCAGUAGUCGCCGUACCGCGCAGCCACGUAACCUCUCACCUUCUCCUUAGUUUUUAGUAGUCGGUAGUGUGAGGAGAGUGCGGAGAGAGAAAGAGAGCGAAAGAUAAGGAGAGAGUAAUCGGCGAAGGGAGACAAGGAAAGAGAGUAAUAUCGGAGCCGAGAGAAGCAAGCGAGAGGUCGACAGCCUUUUUCCCUCGUGUACUCUAUUAGUUGUCGUCGUCAUCGUCCUCGUACUCGUCCUCCUCGUCGUUGUCGUCGUCAUCCUUGCCGCCGUUGUUGUCAUCGUCGUUGUCAUCGUCGUUAUUCGGCGCGACAAGCGCGGGUAUCCUGACCCACAAUCCGUUCGCACGCCUCCUCCGUCGUCAAUAACGCGCUCUCGUUGUAGUGCCGCGCGAUCAUCAGCGAACGCGCCACCCUUCGUGAUUGUGGAGUGAUCAAAAGGAUAGAUAGAGCGACAGAGAGAAAGAGGAGAAGACGGGAGGAAAAUAAUACGCGAGAGAAAGUUCCGAAAAACGCAGCGGGAAGAGCAGCGCGGAGCAAGUUUCGAGGGAAAUCUCGCGCGCGUCGUGACACCACCCCUUGCACAUCACGAGCAUCGUCGCGACGACGCUCGCCGCUGCCGUCGGCGACGUGAUUACCGUCGCGAGCAUCGACGAGGACACCGUCCGCCGCAACAGCAAUACUAACAACAAUCAACAACAACAACAACAAUAGUAGCCAGCAGCACCACUGCACCGGACGAAAACAAAACUAACGGACGAACUCGUUGAGCACCGUCGCUUCCACCCCAAACACGCGAGAGUAUCGCGACGACGACGACACCGAGUAAUCGUGCGCCGCGCACUGCUAUGGAAUCCCAGAAUCAGGAGAUUGUAGCGAGCGGGUCGCCCGCCGAGGUGCCGAACGAUCCCGGGAAAAUGUUCAUCGGCGGUCUAUCUUGGCAGACCAGUCCAGAGAGUCUCAGGGAGUAUUUCACCAAGUAUGGAGACAUCACAGAAGUCAUGGUAAUGAAAGAUCCCACUACACGACGGUCAAGGGGCUUUGGAUUCAUCACAUUCGCAGAUCCUGCAAGCGUAGACAAAGUGCUGGCGCAGGGCAAUCACGAGCUGGACGGCAAGAAAAUCGACCCAAAGGUAGCAUUUCCUAGGAGAACACAUCCAAAGAUGGUGACAAGGACAAAGAAGAUAUUUGUCGGGGGAUUAUCGGCGCCGACGACGCUGGAGGACGUCAAAAAUUACUUCGAACAAUUCGGUCCAAUCGAGGAUGCUAUGCUGAUGUUCGACAAACAAACUAACAGGCAUAGAGGCUUUGGAUUUGUCACGUUUCAAAGCGAGGAUGUCGUUGACAAAGUCUGCGAGAUCCAUUUCCACGAAAUCAACAACAAAAUGGUCGAGUGCAAGAAGGCACAGCCAAAGGAAGUGAUGCUCCCAGCGAAUCUGGCAAAGACGCGAGCGGCCAGCAGAGGCGCAUACGAUUUUAUGUGGUCCCUGGGAGCAUUACCUGAUGGUUUCCCAGCGGCAGCGUACGCGGCAUACGCGGCGGGCCGCGGCUAUUCUGGGUACCCUAGUUUCGGAUUACCCUACCCGACAGGAGUGCCGGCGGUAUACUACCACGGAACAGGAAGUGAGAAUGCAAGCCGCGCGUAUACGGAGGCGCCGAUGCAACAUGUCCAACGCAAUGCACUCCGGAAGAAAUUGGAUCUAACCAAUGGACAGCUCACUCCAAACAACAACACGCCCUUACUUACACAAGCACUUUCUGUGAUGAACAACUACCAGGCGGCCGCAGCGCAGGCCGGAUUCCCACCGGCGUCGCCGCACGCCGCCGGCGGCCACGGUGGGCCGCAGGGCCGAUCUUUCCCGGCGGCCAAUUCGCCGGGCCCAAUUGACAUGUACAGCUCGAGCGCCGCCGCCGCAGCAGCAGCCGCAGCCGCGGAUUCCGCAGUCGCAAGCUACGUCCAGGCCGCAGCUAGCCCGCAGCCCCCCACGACCGCGUUCCCCGCGAUCGCCGUAUCCCGUGCCCCGCUCAACUACAGUCCCGGACCUCUAAUACCAGCGGCGUUCACUAAUGGCUACCAUUGAGCCUUGUCAAGACCUAAUAGCAGGAUGGACGAGACGGCAGAACGCAGCACGGUCGCCUGAUAUAAUAAGCAACACGGAGGAUUUAAGACAGCUAUAACACAAUGAAUGAUCUCUGGACGAAAAAGAAAACACACACACGUCUAUUACAAAUGAUGAUCGAAAGUUGCAAUAUAUUUGAGCAAAAUUUGCUCGAAAACAGAUAAUAGUCGAGCAGACGACAACGAUCAAGUAAGAUCCAUUCGAUAUAACUUCAAAGUUCAGGUUGUAAACAACUGGAAUAUAAUAUUACGCGAAUAAUACAUAUAACGCAUUAAGAAAGAAUUUAGAGCAUUAAAUCCAAGCAGUUGGAUGCAACUGUAGUUAGAGAAAAGAAAAUGAAUACUGUUGAAGCAAAAGGAGAAAAUUAAUACAACGGGGAAGACGUCCAGAGAAGAACAAAGAAAAAAAAACGCAAAAAGAACGGCAGGAAGACCGACUGUCAGACAGAAACAGGAAGAGGAAAUAACGCGCGCUGCAAUAGGCUAAACUAUGGCCGAAACUGCGUAUUGACGCCAGCCCGUUCUCCGACAUUAAUAAAAAGAAUAAUAAUAUAAUAAUAAUAAAUUAAAUUAAUAUUAUUAAUUGCUAAAUAUUUAAGCGGUUAAGUCUAGAAUAUAUAAAUAGUAUAUAUAUAUAUAAAAAUAUAAAUAUAUAUAUACAUAUAUAUAUAUAUAUAUAAAUAUAUAAAUAAUUGAUAAUUAUUAGACGAUAACGUAUGAUUUCUAGUAUUUAAGGCAGAUAAAGAGACGGAAGAGAUACCAACUCUCACGAAUAUAAUAAUUAUAACUAUUAAUUAUUACAUGAUUACUAUGGCGAUUGCAAUUAUUAAUGAGCGCCAUGUACUGCGCGUGCCCGCAUAAAUAUAUUACAUAAUGAUAGGCACAUACACAUUACGCGUUCACACCUGGGAAAGACUUUGUUUUUGAGCUUUCAAGUUUUAAUCGUAAGCGCGAGGAGGUUUAAGGAAUUUAAUCGCGGCCGAGAAGGACGAUGACGCGGAGAAGAGAGAAAAGGAUAAAAGGCUGAUGAAAAAUUAGAAUGGAUAAAUUAAGGGAUCUUUUUUGCUGCUCUUUCUCUGCGCCUCCACUUGCAAAUUCAAGCUCCUUCUUCUCUCCCAACGUGCCUUUUCGCUAGCUACAUGGCGGAACGGUGCUUCUUUCCUAUCCUGUCGCAGUUCUGCUUUCCCGGGUGCGUAACGAAUUAACAAAGCAAAAGAAUAUAAUGGCGCGCGAAUGAGGGAGUUAUAUACGUAGGCGUGUUAUAUAUUUGACGUCACGCUAUUAGCAUUUCUUGCGGGAGGGAAAAAAAACAUGCAAGAAUAUAGCGUUGAGAGAUGAUGAGAGGCGCAAUAGCGGAAGACUUUCAGGAGGGAAAAAAAAAAUAGUACUAGAUAAUAUCAUUAGAAUCACAGAGUAGCGAAAGUUCUUUAGUCGCAUUUCGUCGACGAAUCCGUCGUUUAUAUCCCAAUAAAUAAACACGAUUACUUAAUGCAUGUAUAUAACGAUUGUGUAUAAUUAUAAUUAUAAAUUUUAUAAAAGAAUACUGUGUUUUAUGGCAAUAAACAUGUUUCGCGGUGACUGAAAGAAUUUUAGAAGCUAUCAUUAAUAAUUUCUUUAUUGUUGUAUUAACUGUAAUAUUCAAUUACGUUACGGCAAAGUCGCUCAACGCGACGUCGAUGGCCUUGCUUUCAAAUUAGGGAUAUAAAUGGCGUUGAUUUGUGCCACUGCGUAAUUCUAAUUGACACUGAACGCUCGCUUCAAAGUUCCGCACGGAGCUUCCGUUUACGGAAGCGCCAGACGAUGUGUGUGGAUGUUAUGAAUCGGCCACUGUAUAGCUUUAAAACCGAUUACAUGCAGUAAUUAUCUCAUUACAUAUAUACAUAUAUUA